AUGAAGAAACUAUUCUUUUUCAGAUCUUCUUCCUCCAAAGAUGGAAACAACAAUACUAGUUCUCCACCGUCAGCAGAUAAGCAAGUUUAUUGGGAGGCACCAUUCGAAGGUAAGCCAAACAAUCAAGAUGAUGAAAAUGCUCAGUGUAAUUUUUGGAGCCCCAAGAGACUAUUUUCAAAAUCUGGAAAGCAAGCAUAUGAUAGGCAGAGCAGCAGCAACAGUUUGGGUCUUAGAAGGAGCCGCUCGUUGUCAUCAGCAGCCUUUCUUGAUGAUGGGAUGGUGCAGAGGAAUUCUUCUUGCAUAAAUGAUCAAACUAGAUCUCCUUCUAGCAGUUCCAGUAGUGCUCAUCAGCAACAUGAUCACUCAUCUCGUAGGCGCAAUCUUACUCCUGAGAGGCGAGCCAAAACAAAGCGAUUUGAAAUGGCAGCUACCGGACUUGAGAGAUCUGGUCAUUCUAAAUCUCAUCAUGAUUUGUCUGGCAAUUCUUCUUCCAGUAAUGUCUCAAGUAAAGUUGUGGAUCGCUACAUUGAUGGAGAACAGCAGCAGGAAAUGAGCAAGCCCAAGAACAGUUCACAGAGAAAUUUUACCAGAAGUGGAAAUGCUGGUGGAAGACUUCCUCCACGAGUCCAAUACACAGCCCCUACUUCACCAACUGAUAACAUCAAAGAUAAGCCCAGGUCUCACUCGUUUCGGGAAUAUAGAGGGACUCGACAGAAGUUUUCUUCAGGAGAUUGGGUGGAUAAGGGAUUUGGCCAUGAAUCUCCACGGAAACUUGCAAAGAAUGUCAUCGAGAGGCUCUCCCAGGCUCGUGCUUAUCCUAAAUCAAGUUCAAAGGAGUUCGACCAUGAUAUUCCAAUCACAAUUGAAGAUGUAUAUGGUGGAUCAGGGAACUCAUAUAUGGAUGUUCCUGCCCGGAAAAGUUACUCAUUAGAGGAACCUUGUGAAACCAUUAAUGGUUGCUAUGGUGAUGAUUUCUCAGGCUUUCAGAAACAGAAUUACUUCCUUGGAGACGAUUUUGGGGACACGAACUCUGUUAGCAGUGAGGACACGGUAGAUGUGGAAUUACAACAAAGAUCUAAGGAAGCUGAGGAGAGAAUUGUUCUUCUUUCUGAAGAGCUUGAGCAGGAAAGCUUUCUUCAAGAUAGUGGAUUUGAUGCUCCACCAUCUGUGCAGACUAUCCAAAGCUUAACAGAGGAUAAGAUAAGCUUGGCAAUUGAGGUUUCAGGUCUUUUGAAAUCUCGAAUUGCUGACAGGAAUUCUGCCAAGGAAGGUUUUCGAUUAGCAAAGGCCGAAUGGGAGGCAAGGAACCGAAGAUUAGAAAAGGAGAAGAAUGAAUUGCAGACAGCGUUGGAGAAAGAAUUAGACAGAAGGUCGAGUGACUGGUCAUCAAAGCUUGAGAAAUACCAGUUGGAAGAGCAAAGGCUUCGUGAGCGGGUUAGGGAGCUUGCAGAGCAUAAUGUUUCACUCCAGAGGGAAGUAUCAUCUUUUAGUGAGCGGGAAGCAGAAAAAAAAGUUUGA